AUGAACGUUGCCACUUUAAACAUGAAUGGGAAAUUCAUAUCAUCAUCGGCUGCCCAAUGCUUCAUGUCAGAGCCAGUCAUGGUUGGCCAUCGCUUGAGCCUUCCCAGUAAGCGGACUUGCUGCGUACUCGGAGGCGGGCUCUCGGCGGUUCAUGUGGGGUUGACUCUGCCUGGACUUGGUGAUUGGUGGUUCAACUCCUUUUCUCUCCUGUUGCAGGAAUUCUGGGAAAUUCUUAGUCCCAUUGUCAACCCAGUCUAG